CAUCAAAGUUUGGUUUUACUGUACAUUUAAAAAGAUAAUUAAUUAGUGGUUUCUAAGUAAUGGGUUCUUUAAUCUUAUGUUUUCCACAGGACAAAUGGCCCAGCAGUCCUCUGCGGGGAUCUUGUCCUGCUUUGCUUUUGUUUUCUUCUUCUGUCGUCAUUGGAAAGCCCAAAAGAAGACUAAGAAAGAUAAGAAGAAGAAAAGAAGCAGAAUCCCACGAUGCUGUUCGUCAUCAGAAGACGGAGCGGACAUCCUCAUAUCCACCUCUUCUCCUCUUCCCCCAGCCCCACCUCACCCCAACCCUGUCCCUAGCUCCUCUUCCCAUUCCAUCCCCUUUACUGACCCCACCCCUCUCUCUCCUCCCCCAACUCCACCUCACCCCAAGCCAAACCCUCUUAGCUCCUCUUCCCCACCCUCCCAUUCUCCUGACCUCAUCUCUCCCUCGAUCCCUUCUCCUGGUCUAUCCCCUUGCCCUGUCCCAUUUUCUGACCUCACCCCUUCCACCAUUCCUGACCUGAACCAUGCCCCAAUCCUCUACCCAGACCUCACCCUUUCCCCCGUCCUUUAUUUUGACCCCACCCCUCCCCCCUCUCCCUUUCCUGACCUUACCUCAUCCCCAAUCCCUUCUCCAAACCUCACACCUUCCCCAUUCCAUUCUGCUGACCUUACCCCUUCCCCGAUCCCUUCGCCUGACCUCACCCAUUCCCCUGUACCUUCUCUUGACCUCACCCCAUGCCAUGUCCCUUCCCCUGUUCUCACCCUUUCCCCUGUCCCUUCUCCUGAUGUCACCCCUUCCCCCGCCCCUUCUCUAGACACCCCUUACCCAAUCCCAAUUCCAGACCUCACCCUUUCCCCCAUCCUUUAUUUUGACCCCACCCCUCCCCCCUCUCCCUUUCCUGACCUUACCUCAUUUCCAAUCCCUUCUCCAAACCUCACACCUUCCCCAUUCCAUUCUGCUGACCUUACCCCUUCCCCGAUCCCUUCGCCUGACCUCACCCAUUCCCCUGUACCUUCUCUUGACCUCACCCCAUGCCAUGUCCCUUCCCCUGUUCUCACCCUUUCCCCUGUCCCUUCUCCUGAUCUCACCCCUUCCCCCGCCCCUUCUCUAGACACCCCUUACCCAAUCCCAAUUCCUGACCUUACCCCUUCCCACAACCCUAUUCCUGAUUUCACCCUUUCCCUUGGCCCGUCUCCUGACCUCCCCCCUUCCCCUAUCCCUUCUCCAAACCUCACCCCGUCCCCUGUCCCUUCUCCCGACUUCACCCCUUGCCUUGUCUCUUCCCCUCACAUUCCUUCUGCUGACCUCACCCCUUCCCCAGUCCCUACUUCAGACUUCACCAUUUCCCUCACCCCUUCACCCAACCCUUUUCCUGACCUCACCCCUUCCCCCAUCCCUUCUGCUGACCUCACCCCUUCCCCAAUCCCUUCUGCUGAUCUCACCCCUUCCCCCACCCCUAUUCCUGACCUCACCCCUUGUCCUAUGCCUUCUUACACCCCUUCUCCUGAUCUCAUCCCUUCCCCUCUCCAUUCCAAGGGCCUCACCCCUUCCCCUUCUCCUGACCUCACCCCUUCCCCUGUCCGUAUACCUGACUUCCCCCCUUGCCCUGUCCCUUCCGCUGACCUCACCCCGUUCUCCAUCCCUUUUCCCUCUCCCCGGCCAAUCCCUGAUCCAGGUCUCUCCCACUGUGCUCAACAAGUUUCCUGCCCUCACACCAAAAAGAAGACAUCACAGAAGAAACACAAGAAGAAAAAGAACACACUGUCAGCUACCACACCUCCUGACACCACCUCUACACCUUACCCCACCCAACUUCCCAACCUCACCCCUUCCCCCAUCCCGUCUCCUGAUCUAACCCCAUUUUCUGACCCCAUCCCAUUUUCUAACCCCACCCCUUCUCCUGGACACACCCCUUCUCCUGACCCCACCUUUCCCAGGCCCACCUCUUCACCCACUACAACCCUUCCAGGAAUUACAACAGCAACAUCAGCCACCACGGCAAAGAAAUCAAAGAAGAAGAGACAAAAAAGGAAUAAGAACAACACCACAUCCAAUCCACAGGACAUUGAUCCCAGGCCAGAAGGAAAGCGACCACCACAUUUUCCACUGAACUCUGUACAAGGAGAUUUUUCCCAAGGUAGGAUCCCGCGCACGCGCCACUCCACGCGUUUCCCAAAUUCACAGUGCUGCAGUAUUGCGUUCGUGGCAGCGUUACGCGCGUAUCUUUUCCCCCCUGCGUUCUGGGACCAAGAGGCGGUCAAUCGUGCCGUUUUGAUGGGAGAUGAGAUUCAUACGCGACGCGUCGUGGAACUUGGCCGCCAUCUCACAAGGGAGACGCGCCUCUGUUUUGAGGAACUGGACAAUUCGCUCUGGAUUGACAACACUUUCUUGAAGGUAAGCUAUAAUAAUACAGUCUAUUGUGGUUCUUUUGGUAUGUCUCCAACAUUAGCACAAGAAUUUGGUACAGUAACUUUUGCUCAUGCUUUAACUCUUUCUCUAUCAGAUCCAUUUCAUGCUGCACUUUUAACUGCCGGAGACAUCACCACUUCCAUCAUUCGUGGGGAAUCUGGUAUUUAUUUCUUUGACAGCCACAGCAGGGACAAGUAUGGACAGGUUGCUGAACAUGGGGCGGCCAUUCUCGCGCAUUUUAAGGACAUCGCACAUUUUUACGACUUCAUAACCCAGAAAGAAAGGGCAAGUACUAUCUACAACAUUGUUGGUUUUAAAGUAACUGUUGAUGAUUCAUAAGGUAUUUUCUAGUAUUACAUUUAGAUGCUUUAAAGUUGUGUACAAUGAAAAACAUUAUUUUUAAACUAAUCACUGUUUUCAAUCUAUAUUUCAGAUAAAUAUUACUUGCUUCUCAGA